AUGAAAUGGGAUAAUGCUUAUUUUGGUCCUGGAACAGUGCAUAACAUCAAAUGCCAUCUAAAUAAUGCAGAGUCCAAGGGUGAAGUGGAUGCUGUUUUUGUUAAUGCUAUACUAGCUAUGUGGGGUUCACUGGCCCUGAAAGUGGAAAGGUGUUUUAGUUUUUAUCUGUUGUUUGUGGUCCAUUGCGUGUUAUUUCUUUCACAUGCAGAAAAGAUAGGUCGUACAUCUGAAUUCUUAAUAUAUGGGCAGGGACAACAACGAAAUGCAGUCAUUGAGGCCAUUCGAUUAUUAGAAAAUGGAAACAAUAGGUCAAAAGAUGGUGCAUCAUUGGUUGGUGAAGAGUCCAAAGGCGUAGUAACACCCAAACAGUUCAAGGAUAAGGCAAAGAAAUGGCAAAAGUUUGUGACUCAGGCCAAAGCCUCGGGAAGAACUUCUGCUGAUUAUUGCGAAUUGGGCAAUGAGAUAGGCGUAAGCUAAUAAGAAAUUUUUUUCCCAACAGUUGCAUGCACACACAGACACAGACCCUUGUUCUACUUUAGCAACUCUAAUUCUUUGC